CCCCCGACUAUCUUCUCACGUGCUACAUGGCUUCGAUGCGGAGGAGUAAGAGAGCUGUAUUCAGACGAUUCAAAUGACCCAGAGGAGGCCCCGGGCCUCUCUAAUAAGAGAUCGAAGAUCUUCCCUCGCCACGUGUUGACGCGGAUGAGCAAUCUUCCGGCCGAUGUCUUUAGUUUCGCUGCUUCUCCCACAGUUGACUGCGACUCGCCGGAUGGCAUUUUCGACGAUUGGAUCGCUACUCUACGGCGAGAGGAUCAGAUGAUGCUGUGUCUUGUUUUCAGGCUAACCGGAAAUGGAGAGCGGACAAUACGCGGAUGGAGAACGGAUUUUGUCUAGAAUGGUGAAGGAGAGAUCUCGUAAACAGAUCGAGGGAAGUACGAGCGUCUGAGCGUCAUUUAUGAUGAAGAAUGCAGGAGGAGAGCGUUGCAUGAUAUGGGCCAGAGAAUCUCCAUGAAGAAAUCUAAGGACAACCUAUGCAACAUGAUCGACCGUUUCAGACUUCUGCAAACUAAGUGCUACCUAUAUCGGCUGUCAUAGUGAUGUUGGAGAGAUCAUGUGACUUUUACCAGUUCCCACGACUGCCCACCCAUUUCUCUACCCACACACAGUUUGCUUUCACUUCCUGCUUUCACUUCCUGUUCGACGUAAACGGAUAAAGGAUAGUACACUCUACGCAGCUGACAUUUAGCCACAACGAUUUCUUGCUGUCUUCCAUUGCUCAGGCAAUACUAACCGGAAUAAGCACAUCUGGAUCAAAGAUGACAAGUUACAUUGUUCAUACGUGUCUUCUACUAUCUCUCUUUGCCACGAGGAGUGAAUCUCAUCUCAUCAAGAUUGCAUUGCCCACCAUACCCGAACAGACUGUUCGGGGUGCCAGACAUAUUGCCAGACGAGAGACAGAGGCAUGUACCAACUAUGUGGAAGUCAGCAUCAAUUCGCUGACGAUUCCCACGGGAUUUGAGAACAUUAUGGCGCCGUGGACAAAUAACAAUCUAAAUGUGAAAGCCUACCGAUCGUCUACUGUUUCUCAAGGAAUCGACCAAAUACUGAGACUAAAAGUGCCGGGACUCGGUGGAUCAACAGUGGGUGACGUGUUUCAACACCUCAAGGACAACGGGCCAUGUUGGAUAUUGCCAUACGGGGGUGUGGUACGGGACAUCUUUCUGGGCAGGCCUCCCAAUGACGUCGAUGCUGAGAUUUCGUGCCCUGCUAGCCACGUUCGGACCCUCUGUUUGCAAAAAUGGGGAAGUAGUAAUUGCCAAGGCACUUCUGACAGUAGUAUCACUUACAUUGGCAGUCAAACUGCAAAAGUCUCUACAGGCGAUACACAAGGCAUAGACCUCGCACCGUGGGAUCUCAUGAUUAGAGGAAGUAUCACAUCCUUUGAGUACACUGCUAAUUCUCUUGCUUACGAUAUGAGUGGCAACAACGUGGUACUUGAUUUCACAUCAACCGGAGUAAUGGACACGUGCCAAAAGAAAAUAAGAAUACCGAGUUUUACUGUGAACGAUUGGGUAACCGACAAAAAGGUCUAUCGUUACUGGAAACUGCGUGUUAAAGGAUUCUCUGCUGACUCUUCGGAAACAGCAAAUUUCAUUGUAACAAAAGCCAAAGACUUCAUUUCAAAGGAUGGUCAGCCGUUUGCUAAGUUCUACUGCUCUUACGUGCUGAUGGGUACGUAUUCUACCGAUGGUGGCACUUGUAGCAUCGCUGACUCUUCGAGUGUGGCUGCUAACGUGAAAAAGUACGGUCAAUUUUUCCUUGAAGAUAUGGGCAGUUUCUGGACGGAGACCGCUCAACCAAUCGCAAAUGGUAUCAAACAAGUGCCUAACAGUGCUCUGGACUUCAACACGAAAGUGUCAAUGGCUUCCGUAUUUCUAGCUUUGGGUCUAAAUUCAUUGGCUGUUUUUAUCGUUUCUUACUAUUGAACUCCCUUGCUCUCAUUUACUUUGUCACGACUGUCUAGAUCUGUGUUCAUUUGUCUAUCUUGCUUGAACAAGAAUAGCUGACUGUCUAGUUGAUUCAGUACGUCCAGAAUUGCUGUUGGCAAAUGAAAGAAUAAAAGAAAUUUUGCA